AUGUUGAGAAGAAUCAAAGGCGUGACGUUGAGAGAAAGGGAAAGAAGUACUGACAUCAGGAGAGAAUUGGAAGUGAGUGACAUUAACGAGAAGGUCAAGGAGAUAAGAAUGAGAGAAGAAGGACAUCCAGCAAAUGUGGCUAUGGAAAGUAUAGUACCAGGAAGAAGGCCGAGAGGAAGAGCAAAGAAGAGGUGCAGAGAUAAGGUGGAGGAGGAUAUGGGCCACUUCGGCAUGCGUCCGGAAAAGGCCCUGAAAAGAGAGACUUGGAGAAGGAAGACCCGGGCGGCUGACCCUGCACGGAGGGACCAACAGCCACCACCAGCCUGGCCGGGCUACAAGCGACGCUUCCACAAAGCCGGCAAUGUUCUGCAGACCUCCCUGGUCUUCACAAGUGGACCCAGUUGCUCCUACUCUCGCCGCCCUCACGCCCAAAAUAAUGAACGACAUGUGACUAGGAUCAGGCCUGAAGAAAUGCCUCUUGAUGAUGAUGCAGGUGAGGAUGAUGAGGAUGAGACGGUCUCGGGGGACACUCCACCACCCACCAAGAAGGUGAAGAAGGCCAAGGACCAGCCAUCAAGGGUAUGGAAGAAAGAAGACAUUGGACACACUCCUUUACCCGAGUAUAACCAUCCGGUGCCUGAUUUCCUCCUGAAGCCCUAUGAGUUUUUCCUCCAGAUGCUGACCAUGGAGAUACUUGAAGACAUUGUGUACCAGACGAACCUGUAUGCACGGCAGAAGGAUGUCAGUACCGCUUUCUCCCUUGAUAUCCAGGACCUGAUGGUGUUUUUGGGCAUUAUCCUCUACAUGGGGGUAGUCCACAUUCCUUCCCUGGAUGACUAUUGGGCAGUCAACACCCGCAUCCCACAGGUGACCGACUACAUGUCCGCAAAGCGAUUUAAACAACUCAGAUCCACCAUUCACUUCAACAACAACGAUUAUGCCAAGGCUUCCACAGACCGCUUCUACAAGAUACGGCCUCUCUUCACAGGAAUAACAAAACAAUUUCUGCGGGUCAAGGAAACUCCCCAUCAGUCGGUUGAUGAAGUGAUGGUGGCAUACAAGGGCACAAUGGCAGGGAAUCUUCGCCAGUACAUCGCAAACAAACCGGACAAGUUCGGCUACAAGUUAUUCUGCCAUGCGAGUAUCGAUGGUUUCAUCCACGAUGUCCAAAUGUAUCAGGGACAAACGACCUUCAGCAGCCACCCUGUAGACCUGAAUGAGGAGGAGGAAGAACAGCUACUGAGCAACAGGAUUGUGAUUGUCCUUGCCAAGACCAUCAAAGACCCCGCUAACUCCGCCAUCUAUGCGGACAACUACUUCACGAGCAUCCAACUGGUUGAGUUCCUGAAAGACAAGCUCCAAUGCCGCUAUGUGGGGACUGCCAGACCCAACCGCAUUGGAAAUCCACCACUGAUGUCUAGGAAGGAAAUGGAGAAGACCACCACUCCUAGGGGGAAGCACGAUUACGUCUCCUGCAACGGGGUCCUUGCUAUGUGUUGGAAGGACAACAAACCAGUCACUAUCCUCUCUUUUGACGCCGGGGUUCUUCCACUCUCCAAGGCCAAAAGGUGGGACAAGGAAUCCAAGAAAAAGGUCGACAUCCCAUGCCCAGCGGUCAUCAAGGAGAAUAAUGGUAAAAUGGGGGGCAUUGAUAAGUCCGACAUGCUCACCCAUCUCUACAAAUCUCCGAUGAAGGCUAGGCCGUAUUAUCUCAGGCUGUUCGGGUACAUCUUGGAUCUCUGCACCACUAAUGCCUGGAUCCUGUACAAGAGGGAUUCCAAAGCCCUGUCAGAGAAGCCCAUGCCCCUCAAAAACUUCCGCCUGGAGAUCAGUGUCUUUGCCCGUGGCUACAAAACCAGACCUGCCAGGUGCCUCCGCGAUACCCCUGAGAGUUUUGUCCGGCCAAAGAAGGGACAAAAAUCCCACCGCCCAGCAGACAACCUUCGCUAUGACUACUCCAAAUUCCACUGCCCAGUGUUUGUCAAGCAACGGAUGACUUGCAAAUACUGCUCAACUCACAAGGAGAUGCACCGGUCUAGGUGGGUGUGCAAAGUGUGUCAGGUUGCCCUUUGCCAUAGCGAAACUCGGAACUGUUUCGAGGAGUUCCACAUACCCCCGGCUUCCAACUCGCCCUCCACAUCCACCUCAUCUAAUAAUGAAUGA